AUGGAGCGCGCUUCCGGCAGGCGACUCGCCUGCAAGGUGGUCGCGGCGCGCAAGCAAGCAAUGGACGCGGCGGGGCGCGAAGUGGUGGCGCUUUCGCUGCUCAAGGAGUGUGAAAAUAUUGUUACUCUCGAGGAUGUCUUUAUCGGGGAGGAGGGGAAGGGGAUGGUGCUUGUAAUGGAGCUCGCUACCGGCGGGGAUCUUCUAACGCGGAUAGAGCAGAAGGGACGGAUUCCGGAGCACGAGGCGCCAAGGAAUCUCAUCCGUUCGAUGCUCGCAACUGAUCCGCAGAUCCGACCGUCCAUUGACGAGGUUCUGAACGACCCUUGGGUUUGCAACAGCUCCUUCCUUCCAUCCUCGUUCUCCAUCUCUGCUUCUUCUGGGGGUUUCGUCAAGUCUGCUGCCUCUGCUGUCCCACCUGCUGCCUCUGCCGUCCCACCUGCCCCUGCUGGCACUGCCAACCCUGCAGCUGCAUUUACCAUCAAGCCUGCUCCCUCUGUCGUCACACCUGCUGCACCCGCUAAGACCCGCCCGCCAGCCACUUGUGACCCCUCAUCUACCUUCAUCUUCCCACUUGCAACGCUCACGAUCAAGACCACGUACAAAACCACGUGCAGCACGGUCAAGUCCUGCCGGAAGCUCGCUUCCGAUGUGCUGCAGCGGAAGCAGUGGCGUCGACACGGCGCGGUUACCAGCAAGCUCUCGCCAUGUGCCAGCAAGCUCUCUCCAUGCAACAGCUCUCUGUCGCGACGGCACAGCAGCAGGUCGCAGCGGAGCUCCUUCUCUGCAGCCUCGGGGAGACUCAGUGCGCGGGUUGCUGACAUGGCAGUUGCUGCUGCGGGGGAGGCCACUGCUGGUGGUACUUUUGAUGCAACAGCAGUCCAGUGGUCCUUUUAA